AUGAAGAUUGAAGAAGUUCAGUCGACCGUGCACUCCACUCGUAUUGCGAGUCAUUCUCAUGUCAAGGGCCUCGGUCUGAAGCCAGAUGGAACAGCGGAGCCUAUCGCGAGCGGGUUGGUGGGCCAGGAGAAGGCAAGGGAGGCGGCUGGGGUAGUGGUGGAUUUGAUCAAGAGUAGGAAGAUGGCUGGUAGGGCUCUAUUGAUGGCAGGAGCACCGGGUACUGGCAAGACCGCCAUUGCGUUGGCUAUUGCUCAUGAGUUGGGGCCUAAGGUGCCCUUCUGCCCUAUGGUGGGUAGUGAGGUGUACAGCUCUGAAGUGAAGAAGACAGAGAUCCUUAUGGAGAACUGUGGUUAUGUUGCUAACAGAGUGAGCCGUAAGGUCACUCGUCUCCACGAUAGGAUCUUCGUUUGCCGCAGUGGAUCAGCUGCUGACACUCAGUUCCUGAGCUCGAAAGUGAAAUAUUUCCUCAAUGCACAUGCUAACGAUCUGCCUUUGGAUCGUCUGCCCAAGGUGAAGACAGCUGCCAAUCUGAUGAGAUUGCUGGCCUACAACAACAAACAAUACCUAACAGCUGGGCUUAUCGUAGCUGGGUGGGACCAGACCGAGGGGCCUCAGGUUUACUCUAUACCCCUUGGUGGUACUAUCAUCAAGCAGAAUAUCGCUACGGGAGGCUCCGGAUCCACUUACAUCACUGGUUUGGUCGAUCACCUAUACCGUCCUGAUAUGAGCAGGGAGGAAGCUGAGGAUUUCGUGGCAAAGGCAGUGGCUCAUGCUAUGGCUCGCGAUGGAUCAUCUGGAGGAGUUAUUCGUGUUACUACUGUAACCGAGAAGGACGUAGCUGAGAAGUGCCUAUAUGCUGAUAAAAUACCGUAA